AUGGCAAGUUUAACAAUUUUGUUGCGUCAUUCUGGCAAGUGGAACGAUGAGGGCAAUUACAUCGAUUUUUCAAUUGAGGGAAUACUGAUAAAGGAGUAUGCCUCCUUUAAUGAUCUGGUUGUUUCAAUUUCAAAUCAACUGGGAGAAGCGAUUGGAGUGUUCGAACUCCACAAGGAUUUGAUAAUUUCAAAAACUAAUCAAAAGGAGGUUAUGGCUGGACAAGUUUAUAAGGAUAAGGCUACAUUGAAAGAGGUAAUGGAGAAUUAUGCUAUAGCUCAAAGGUUUCAAUUCCGGGUUGAUAGGUCUAAUGUUGUCGGCUAUGCAUUAUUAUGCAUUUCAAAAGAUUGUGAAUGGAGGUUUAAGGCUUCAAGUAUUAACAAAUCAGAACUAUUCAAAGUGAGAGAAUUCAAUGAUAACCAUACAUGUCCGCUGAAGGACAAGGUGUAUGAGCAGCGGCAGGCUAGUAGCAGCCUUAUAGGUGGUAUGAUAAGGCCUAAGCUUACAAACCAUAAGAGGAAAUACACUCCAAGGGAUAUUAUUGAUGAUGUGAAAUCAGAUUUAGGUGUAAAUGUUAGCUACAUGUUGGCGUGGAGGGCUAAAGAAAAAGCAAUAAAUUUUCUGAGAGGUGAACCGGUUGAUUCAUACAAAAAAUUACCAGGAUACUUAUAUACAAUGGAUAUGACAUAUCCAGGUUCCCACAUAAGAAUAGUAAAAUCGCCAAAAAAUGAAUUCAUGUACGUGUAUAUAUCCUUGUAUGUCUUUAUAAGGGGGUUUGAUCAUUGUAGACCCAUUGUUGUUGUGGAUAGUAGUCACCUAAAAUCUUACUACACCGGGACAUUCGUUUCGACAAGCACGUUGGAUGGUGCAGGUCAUAUAUUGCCACUAGCAUAUGGUGUUAUUGGUUCAGAGAACGAUGUUGCUUGGACGUGGUUCUUUGAGCAAUUCAAGAUAGCAUACGGUGAAAGGGAAAACAUGUGCAUCGUUUCAGAUAGAAAUGAGAGUAUCAUUAAAUCUAUAUCGAGAGUGUAUCCAGAUGUACCGCAUUUUGCUUGUAUAAACGUAUAUAAGAAAUUCAAAAAGAGCCAUGCCAAGUUGAGCGAGAUAUACUUCUCUAUGGCAAAAGCAUACACACAAGCUGAAUUUGACAAUCUGAUGGAGAAGGUGGAGAAGGUAGAUAUUAUGGUGAAAGAAUACUUAGAGUUAGCUGGUUACGAAAAGUGGACUAGGUUGUAUGACCUGUUAACAGGGGAUGGACAAUGA